CCUGUGACGAUUGGAAUCGUCGAUUCCCAUUCCUGCUUACACCCAGGUCAUUACCUCGCGUUUUUAUCGUCAUCAGACACCACAACGAGAGAAUCUUCUCGAUUAAUCAACCCAAGUACGCACCCGGCGAGCGAUGACGACGCGAGGUUCUCUUACGACCGCGCGACUCAAUUCAAGGCACAGCUACAAUGGCUUCAACGCUGCACGCCCAAUAGUUCUGGGCUUCGCGAAGCUUUUGGGCUUAGGCUUGUCCUCUGUCGCCGCCUCCCCCAUUCCUGCGACGCUUGGUCACGGCGGCAUCGAGCUGCCCGAAGACGAAGAUGGAACUCCAAAAUGGAUUCUAUUUCUCUUCUCGGCCUUCUUGGUGCUUGCCGGUGGCGCUUUCGCCGGUCUAACCAUCGCAUUGAUGGGCCAAGAUAGCAUCUAUCUACAGGUCAUUUCUUCCGACAAGGACGAGCCCCAGCAUAAGAACGCUAAGCGCGUGUACAAGCUCCUCGAAUCCGGGAAACAUUGGGUUCUUGUUACACUUCUUUUGGCCAAUGUGGUUGUCAACGAGUCGCUCCCAGUUGUUCUUGACCGGUGUCUCGGUGGUGGUGUUGCCGCUAUCGUCGGCAGCACAGCUUUGAUUGUUAUCUUUGGAGAAGUCGUUCCGCAGUCCGUCUGCGUACGAUAUGGCCUUCAGAUUGGUGGAUACAUGUCCAAGCCUGUUCUGGCGCUCAUGUACCUGACCGCACCGCUCUCUUGGCCGACUGCAAAGCUGCUCGACUGGAUUCUCGGAGAAGAUCACGGCACUGUUUACAAGAAGAGCGGCCUGAAAACGCUCGUUACCUUGCACAAGUCACUUGGUGUCGCUAGCGAACGACUGAACAAGGAUGAGGUCACAAUCAUCAGCGCCGUCUUGGAUCUCAAGGAAAAGCCCGUCUCAUCUGUCAUGACCCCUAUGGAUGAUGUGUUCGUCAUGUCAGAGGAUACGGUGCUCGACGAGCCAACCAUGGACAAGAUCCUGUCCGCUGGCUACUCACGUAUUCCUAUCCAUGAAUCCGGCAAUCCGACAAACUUUUUGGGCAUGCUAUUGGUAAAGAUACUGAUUACCUACGACCCGGAGGAUGCCAUGCGCGUCAAAGAUUUCCCUUUGGCAACGCUACCCGAGACACGACCCGAGACUAGCUGCCUCGACAUCGUCAAUUACUUCCAGGAGGGGAAAUCGCACAUGGUCCUGGUAUCCGAGUCUCCCGGCAAUUCUGAUGGCGCUUUGGGUGUUGUCACCUUGGAGGAUGUCAUUGAAGAGCUCAUCGGAGAGGAAAUCAUCGACGAGUCCGAUGUCUACGUCGAUGUUCACAAGGCCAUCCGGCGCCUACACCCAGCCCCCAAUGCGCAGAUCUUCCGGAGGCACUCGGUCAACACUGCAUCCAAGUCGCAAGAAAACGUCAGGGUUGAUGCUAAUGGCAAAGACUCACUGGCUCCUACUUCGACUCCAGAAGCUGCCAACAAUGUUAUAGCCGACUCUAGACUGUCGAGUAGUCCGAAGACUACCUUUUUGAUGAGACGUAGCUCCGCAGGCCAAGACGGGCAGAUGGUUUCAUCGGCUGUACCAGUCCGUACCAACCUCGACGAUAUCCGGGAACACCUCAAACACCUUGGACCCUCGAACCCAGCGAACAACCCGAAGAACACACGCCUUACUUCUGUCAAGAUCAAGCCAGGCAGCGGCUCCCAGGGACAGGCGUUACGUUCACCGUUGCCCGAUGUCCCACCAGGCACUGUCCAUGAAACCCCCGACUUGCUUAUCCGUCUCAGCGAACCGAACGAUCACGACGCUGAUGAACAGACGUCGCUCUUGUCCCACACAAACAUGGCUUCCAAGGAUGGCGUACAGGCGCUUCGUCAAAGCUACGGUGCUGCCUCGGCUACGGAUGCACAACAGCGCGUUUUAUCAUCGUCUGCUCAACAGCCUACCAAUCUCCCUGAUAAGUCCAAUAAGAGCGACGACAACUCCCAAAAACCCAGAGAGCGAACUCAGUCGGGGAUCUACAACAGGAUUGGAACUAUAGCAGAGACAAGUCCAAUUCGCGACCCAGACACCGGGGCAAGCAGUCCUACAUCCGAACGCAGUGGCCCCACAACGCCUCUGCCUAAGCGGUCGACGGUUCGCAGUGGUAGCAUCACGGAGAACAUCUUCGAGUCGGAGCGCGGCUUCCGAAAGGUUGUCCUUGAAACCAACAGUUCCAAUGAAGAUGAGGAUGAAAUCGAAGAGAAUGCCACUCACUCGGCUGCUGAGGCAGACAGCAGUCCUCAGGGCAAGGGUGCCUCGAGCUCCACCAACGAGGACGGCCAAGAAAACGGCUCGAAGGCUGGCAAGAAGAAGAACAAACGCAAGAAGAAGGGCAAAUCCUAGGCUCAUCUUUGCCCCAGACUGUCAGCACCUCUCUUGCGCCGCCAGAAUUUGAGUUCUCUGUUUGAUAGGGGAAAUUGGAAAAUUCAAACAUGGGGUGAAGGAUAAUGGGUCUGGACGGGGUUACUGAAUAAGUUACGGAUGUGCUGUACGAUGAUAUAAGUGAUCGCCAUCGUUGAUUAGGCCGGGAACUGCGACGAAUAUAUGGUGAAAGCCGUAUGUAAUUUAUUGAGGCACACAACCCAGUCUGCACCUAUAGGGUCCAAAAGCUUUCUUUUCUUGUCUUGCAAUACUCCCUAGAAAAAGCGACAGUGGGUACACGGUAGGGAAAAUCGACUAGUCUAGAAUAAGUUUACAACUAUUCUGGUUUUGUUUCAAACCUCACUAUUCAGAUAAAAACGAGAUUCCAGUCUACUGGUUGGCUUGCUUGUUCAUGUAUUCC